AUGGAUUAAUUGAUAUAAAUCAAAGUAAUUUGCUCUUCAAUUUCCCUUUUCAGUAGUACAACUGUCGCUCUAUUAUUUUUAUCAAACCCAAAAUUGAGAACGCCAACCUUUCGUUUAGUCCUCCAACUCCAGAUUGCUGAUGCUCUCUUUGCCCUAGCAAGCAUUAUCAAUAGCAACGAUGACAGUAAUGGGCUAUGUGUAUUCCAGGCAUUUCUGGUCAAUUACAGUCGUGAAUCAAGUAUAGUGUGGAUUGGUAUUUUUGCUUACAAUAUGUGUGCCACAAUCGUUGAUAAUCAAGAAUUGCCAGGUCUUCUAAAAUUCUAUGUUGUUGCUAUAGGAAUUCCAUUCAUAUUGAGUGCUUACCCAUUCGCUUGGGAUGCCUAUGGGUUGAAUUAUUCAAUGUGUUGGUUAUUACCAGAUAGCAUCGCAUUAAUGGUUGUCGAUUAUUUGGUUCUUUGUAUUGGCAUACUGUUCUACAUCAUAUAUUUUUAUAUAAAAAUAUAUAACUUCUUGUAUAAUGUUACUGAGAUGAAAUCAUAUAAGCUAUUCCUCUAUCCUCUUUCUUUCCUCCUUACUCAAAUUUGGACCAUGAUUGAUAUAUUCCAAAAAUACGACCAAUAUAGUACAGUCCUAUGCAUUCAAAGAUGUAGCAGUGGCAUUUGUGAGUCUCUAAGGUUUCAUAAAUUCUCUGGUUUAUGGGUUGACUCCUCAAGUCCUAGAGAUUAUCAAGGCUUUUUGUUAAUCAAUCAAUCAGAAGGAGAAGCAGGAAAUGCAGAUAGCGACUCAAUGUAUUUAUCAUUAAGGAUGAAAUAGAGGAUUUCGACUCAUCCAGAUAAUAAUCAUUUAUUAUGCCUAUGGGAUUUGACACUAGAACAUCUAGUGACACUAGUGUAUAGAAUGGCAAAUUCAAUCAAUAACUGA